UUUCGCGCUCGACGACGGUUACACCGGGGAGCGCGAGGGGACUCGCGUGUCGAAGGGGGGAGGGCACGUAGAGGACAUCUACACGGCGACCUUGGCGUCGACGGCGGCCAUGUGGCACAUGAGGUCGACGACGCGGUUCGAGUAGCCCCACUCGUUGUCGUACCAGGCGACGCACUUGACGAACUUGGGCGAGAGCAUGAUGCCCGCCCCGGCGUCGAAGACGGACGACGUCGGCUCGGUCUCGAAGUCGGUCGAGACGAGGGGCUCGUCGCAGUAGCCGAGGAUGCCCGUCAUGGGGCCGUCGGCGAGGCGCGAGACCUCGGCGCAGAUGUCGUCGUAGGACGUCGCCGUGUUGAGCUUGACCGUGAGGUCGACGACGGAGACGUCGGCGGUCGGCACGCGGAAGGCCAUGCCCGUGAGCUUGCCCUUGACGUCGGGGAUGACCUUGGCGACGGCCUUGGCGGCGCCCGUGGAGGACGGGAUGAUGUUGCCGGAGGCGCAGCGGCCGCCGCGCCAGUCCUUGUUCGAGGACGCGUCGACGACCUUCUGGGUGGCCGUCAUGGCGUGGACCGUCGUCAUGAGGCCCUCCUCGAUGCCGAACUUGUCGUUGAUGGCCUUGACCAUGGGCGCGAGGCCGUUGGUCGUGCAGGACGCGCAGGAGACGGCGACCAUGGACGGGUCGUAGGUCUCCUCGUUGACGCCCAUGACGACCGUCGGGGAGUCGUCCUUGGCCGGGGCCGAGAAGAUGAUCUUCUUGGCGCCGGCGGCGAUGUGGGGCGCGACCUUGUCGGCCGUGAGGAAGGCGCCGGUGGACUCGCAGAUGUACUCGGCGCCCAUCGCGCCGAAGGGGAUCUCGGACGGGUCGCGCGUGUGCGUCGUCGGCGUGAGGACGCCGUCGAUCAUGAGGCCGUCGGCCGUGGGCUCGAUGGUGCCCGGGUAGCGGCCGUGGAUGGAGUCGUACUUGAACUGGUAGGCCAUGUACUCGUUGGCCGCGCCCGAGUUCACGAGCUUGAGGUCGAUCGCGUCCGACUUGGCCAUGAUGCGGGCCACGAGGCGGCCGAUGCGGCCGAAGCCGUUGAUGCCGCCGGCGACGGCCAUGGUCGGCGCCUGGGCGGCGGCCUGGGGGCGCGUGGCCGCCGGGAGGGCAUUGCCCGACGUCGUGAACGCGGACGCGCCGGAGGCGAGGAGGGCGGCGGCGGUGUACUUCCUGCGUGGGUAUUUGGGUUAGCGGUGGUGCGCGGGCGGCUUUUUUCGCUCCCGGGGGUGUGUGAGGGCUCGGGCAGGGCCAAGGAUAUUCGCCGUCGGCGGCCGGCCGCGGUUGGCUUAUUGAUGGCGUUUCUUGCACCACGCAUUGCUGGCGGGGGCACGGAGGGUUUACUGGGGCCACCGGUGGCCGCGCGCUGCACCGCGGCGCCGUGGGGCGCGUCACGUGCGUGAUCGCCCAGGCUUCCAGUAUUGCUCGGCCAUUACGAGGCCGCGCGCGGCCCUGUUUUUUGCAUGCAGGCCUCCCCCACGGUCAUUGCUCAGCCCUCCGCUGGUGAUUUAAAUUUGCAGACGCGGUGCCGUGCAUUUUGGUAGCGAGAUGAGACUUGCUGGACGACGUGUG